AUGACCGACUCUCCCAUAGUGCGCAUUCCGCUGGACCCGAAGGAGCAGCCGAUUCUCGACAAACUGCAAUCAAUACGGACGCAGCUCGAGUUACUAAAGCGUGACCGCACGACAUAUGUUAAGAGCCAGGAUGUUCUCAGUCUGUAUGAUCAAGUCGUUGAACAAGUGAUGGUUUUGAACGAAAUACGGGUAACGAAGCGACUCGAGCAGAAUAAAGUCGAUUAUAUGUUGGACGACUGCUUCCAACUCAUCUCGCUCGCGUACAUGACAGUAGGAAAGAACCAUGAACCUCCAGCGGUAUAUUCAUACAUCUCAACAGCAAAACGUCUCUUGGAUCAUCUAAAGGAAGCUACGUUUUAUUCGUCGCAAGAUCUAGAAGCACUCAAGAAGCAGCUCAGUGACUGCCGGCGCUACGUUGAAAGAGGCAGAGACGCCUACAGCCCCCACCUUCUCACACUACUCGAUGCUCGCAUUCAGGUAUGCGAGGAGACGUUGGCGGAUCUGGAACUCAGCAUAUCAGGGCUUACUCCUGAGCUCACACCGAAAUGGGACAAGUUGGUAUCUAUACUCAGAUCUCUGUCCGCGGCCAAUACCAGAUCGAAGUUCGAUCUCAACGAGGUCAAUGAAUUAUCCGAGCAAUUGGAAAAGGUUCAGGAAGAACUCAAGCCAUUCGGAAUCCGUGCGUUUGAGAGUGAUGGCUCCGCAGAAGAAAAGUUUGCCGAGAUGGUCGACAAGAUGCAACUCGACAUGACCAACUCCGAGCCAGCUCCCGAAGCGAAGAUUCUAAUCGAGAAUCUCCUGCGGCGCAAUCUUCUCUGGGUAACCGUGUGCAAGCAAAGACAAGGUCGAAUAGCGCCCGCGUUCCAAGACACAUACAACAAACUCGCUGCCAUCCGGAACAAGCUCGAAAAACUCACACUCACUCAAGCCUGGUCUCUCCGUGAGACAGAUCUCUGGGAUUUUCAGCGUCAACUUGACCGUAUUGACGAAUCGCGUGUUGACGGCAACUUCCUUGACGCGCUUGGGAGACCCGCGGAUAUCUACGAGCAAAGGAUAUUGCUUUACUUUCUACGAAAGAGCUACGCCGUCAUAUACCAAUUGUUGCUCACAUCGGAACCAGUAUCUGAGGCUCUGCAACCGAUUUACAAUCAGCUGACGACUCUGCGGAAAUGCCUGGUCGAGGUGAAGAAACUGGGUGGUGUCUCUUCCCCGAGAGAGCUGUACCCAUAUAGCAUGAAGCUGAACUCUAUCGACAACAUGCGCGUAGACGGAAAGUUCAUGAUUGGCGACGAAAUCCCCGACGGACAAGGAAGCCUUACACACCUGCUCGAAGAGUGCUUCGAGCUUGCCUACGAACUGAGAAACGACGCCGAGGAUGAAAGCUCUGCCGAACCAACCCCUCAAAGCGAGACUCCAGGCGAAACCGUCCCAGCGUGA